AAAUGUAAAGUAACAUACGAAUAUUUAGGAGUGAUUGCUAAAUGGUUGACUUGGUUGUGAGAUGUAUUAAAAUAGUAUUGAUUGUUGUACAUGUUUUGUCGAGUUGUAAAAAUACAGUAAAACAACCGUUUUAUAUCUUAUAACAAGAUUGGAAAGGUCACUUGGAAAUAAUGACGUUCUUAUACUUCGCUUAUGGAAGCAAUUUAUUGCAACAAAGAUUACAUAUGGAAAAUCCGAGUGCGAGAUUUGUAGCUGUUGGAGAACUGAAAGGUCACAAGCUAGCCUUUAGCUGCAUCGGUAUGAACCCUAGUGAAAUACUAUGGAGGGGAGGCGCUGCCAGUAUUCGAGAGGAUCCCAAUAAUUCAGUCUGGGGAUGUGUAUGGAGACUUGGAAAUGAACAUCUUCAAACAUUAGAUAGACAAGAACUGGUAUACGACUCUAAAGAUGUUACAGUCACAUCAAUAGACGGAAGGGAGUACACAUGUAGAACAUAUCAACUUCCGGCCUGCUAUUUUGAGGACGAAGGUCCAAAUAACAGGCCUUCACCCAUGUACUUGGAUAUAAUUAUAAAAGGAGCAAUUCAAAAUAAUUUACCACAACAUGUAUGUGGAUUUCCUGAGAACAAUUGAAACUAAUGAAUUGCUAGAUAAUAACAUUGAAAUUUAUGCAGAUAUAUUGAAACGUAUAAGUGAAGAAUCGUGAAGAUUUUGCAAAUUUACUUAUACAUAUAUAAAUCAAAUUUAUUGAUGUGUAAACAGCAUCUUUACUUAUAAACAGCAAGAACUAAUUAACUUUCACU